AUGAAGAUUCAAAAGACGACGCAGCUGUCAGUCAAAGAUGCUCAACCCAUUCUCGCGAAAUUCCUUGAGCGCACCAAGACGAGACCACAUUUACAUCCGGACGCGUGGCUAGCGACUGAGGGAGUGCGAUGGGGCUCAAAAGGAGGGCCGAACGGCGGAUGGGCCAUACAUCAUCUGAAGCGCAUUGAGACCGGCAUGCGAGGCGUCAGCCUGAUGCCCGAGAGCAGAGAAGAGCUUGUCGCCAAAUUCGGCGAUGAAGCUAUUCAGCAUGGAGUCACUACUAGUGAUCCCAACCAGAUUGGCGAUGAUUUCGCAGUGGAUGAGGCCAUUGCUCAAACCGAGUCUCACUACGUGGAGGAUAAGAUUGACCUGACAGGCAAAUCUGGCAAGGACUUGACAGCCGCCGAAAAAAAGGCUCGAAAGGAAGCAAAGAAAAAGCGCAGACAGCAAGAGCAGGCAGACGGAGAGCGAGCAGGGAAGCGCAAGAAGAAGGAGACUGACGUCACCGACCUGGACAAAGAUGCGGAUGCACAAUCGAAGGAGUCCUACGAGCGAGAGCAAGAGAUCCUCGAGGGCGAGGUUGGCGAGCGUGAUGGUGGCUCCAAUUCCAAGCAGAAUAUCCCGCCACCUGUGUUAGUCACGCACGACUCAGAUGGAGAAGUUGUGGUCCAGAAGCAAGCGCGCACUGCAGAGGAAAAGGCUGCACGCAAGGCCGCAAAGAAGGCGAAACGUCAUGACAAAAUGGCUGCUAAAGCCAAGGCAAGUGCCCAAAGUAGUGAGACAGCAGGUCCGGCUGAAUUGAGUGAUUAG